GAAUGUCCGAGCAAAGAGUUUCGUGCCGUUGUCGUGCCAAUAAAUAACAGGAUUUAUUUAAUUUUGUGUCCGUUUUUUUUUUUUUUCAGUUGGUGCGUGUGUUCAAUUUUUGUGCCAUAUCGGGCUGGGUCCCGCCCUAUCUAUGUGCGCCCAUUGUGAUAUUAGUGUUUAGUGUUUGUUAGUGUGAUAUUAGUGCUUAUACACACCUAUUUUUUUUUUUCUUUUUUGGAUUAACUUUCGCCUAACGUGUAUUGGAACCCGGAUAGUGCUGCGGUUUUUUUCCAACCAGACAGUCCGUAUGUGCUCGCAAUUCGGCUUUUAGUGUAUAAAAUGUUGUGUGUGGAGCAGUGGGGCGCCGACGCAGGGCAGCUUGUCAGCGUCGUCGUCAGCAGGACGGGCAGCUUUGCAGCGUGCCCGGUGGCAUGGCGGCCCCAAUGAGGUCGGGGCAUCAGCAGGACGGCCAGGGCCACCGAGCGAGGGUGGCGGACUCCUGCAAGGGCGCGACGGCCGCCAGAGGGCCCAAUCAGCCAUCUUCAGCCGGUCAGCCGCAGCAGCAGCACCACCACCACCACCAUCACCAACCUGCUCCCAAUACAGCAGCUAAUUUCGAGUAUGAUGACAAUGAGUGGGAUAUAGGUAUUGGUGACCUAAUCAUAGAUUUAGACGCGGAUAUAGAGAAAACGAACGAACAACAACAGCCGAUAAGUAGCAACAGCGCGUCAUCGGGCACUGGCAGCGCUAGCAUCGCUGGAAACAUGGCUGCCAACGCUGGCACCGGUCCUCAGGCAUCGAAGACCGCAGCUACGGCUAAGAUGCACAUUGAGCACUCGGCGACGACGGAUAAGGGUCUGAAAAUGAAGAUUAAAAGGACGAAACCGGGGACGAAGACAUCGGAGGCCAAACACGAAAUCGUAAAAUCCAACGAACAAAACGGCAUAGUAGAUCCAUCCGAUUUGAGCAAAGGGCCUCAGUCAGUUCCUGCCGGCAACAAACACGCUGUCUCUUUGGGUACUGCUCAGUCGAAUUCCGGCAACAUUUUAACAGGAAAUGGCAGUCACAAUCCGUCUACGGGUAACUCAGCUAGUGCCAAUGCCAACAGUGCUAGCAAACGAGGUUCGAGUGGCCACAGAAGAGAUAAAGCUUCAAGGGACAAACAUAAUACGGAUAGGAAUGUUUCAGUGCACAAUUCCACACCGUCAUCAGGAUCAAACUUGGGAUCAUCACAGUCCACAUCCGCAUCGUCGUCAUCCUCCUCGUCUUCCAGCAACUCGUCGACCGGCAGCGAUAAACAACCCGGAACAAAAUCAACAACUUCAAACUCCCCCGUUUCCAUCCAAGCUCCAAGCUCGUUAGGCACCAGUGCAAUUUCCACGGUAACAGACAUGAACGGUAUAUUGCGGACGGCGAGCGCACCACAACCUGGACCACCCAGGUCGGUGUUCCCGGCUAGUACCGGUCCGGGACCUCCGCCGCCUUCGCCUGGACCGCCCGCGAGUCCCGCCGCCGCUACCGCUCAGGGUUCAGCGGCGAAACCGGAACAAUCGAAAGUUGGGGGUGGGACGAGCUCGAAUAUUAGUAAUAAUAAUAGUGGUAAUGUCGCGGUGGCGUUGGCGAUUAGUGCCGGACACAGUGUUAGUGGUAAUUCGGGUCAACAGGACGAAAGCGGUAGUGGUAGGACUAAUAGUACGUCGCCGCCGCCUAGUAAGAAAAGUAAAACUGAACCUAAGGAAUCUGCGGACGUGUGUGUGGGAACCAGCGUCGGUACCAUAACGGAGCCGGACUGUUUGGGACCUUGCGAGCCUGGAACUAGUGUCACUCUCGAGGGCAUCGUUUGGCACGAAACCGAAGGAGGUGUUUUAGUGGUAAAUGUUACGUGGAGAGGUAAAACCUAUGUGGGUACUUUGUUGGAUUGUACCAGACACGAUUGGGCACCUCCACGAUUCUGUGAUUCGCCAACUAGCGAUCUUGAUAAUCGGACUCCCAAGGGACGAGAAACGAGAUCUUCAGUUCACAGUAAACUCCGCAACGGAGGUGGCGGUCCAAAGGGUGGUCGACGCGGAGUGGCGAACGGUGCCGGACCGGCGAACGCACCCGCGUCACCCACCCCUUUCGUGCCACCUCGGCCUGACAAUAAGCGCAAAGGGCGGUCCGGCGAAGAGGAACCCCCUCCGCCCGGAAACGGUAAAAAGGCCAAAGUAGUGGUACCACCCACGCCGAUCACUCCGAUAAUAGUGACUCCUGCUCCCUGUGGGAGCCCCCCACCCUCGCCGGUUUUGCUAGAGUGUCCCGAACCAAAUUGCUCGAAAAAGUACAAGCAUAUCAAUGGGCUUAAGUACCAUCAGUCGCACGCCCACGGAUCUGUAGCUGAUGAUGAUGAUACCAAAGAUGUGACAUCGAUGUCGGAAAACGACGAAUCCUCCAACAUUGAAGCCCCGAGUCCUGUGGCGCCGGUAAAAUCCCCUGAGAAAUCGCAGGACAGCCCUCCAACGCCAGUAAAAAAAGAGGCCGAGCUUUCUACUUCAUUAAUAUGCAAUAAUAUUACUGCCCCCGAAGCGGUAAGUACGCCACCGUCACCAGCGACACCUCCCAGUGUACAAGAGCUUCCCGCGACGGUGGCAACUGCCACUUCUCCAAAUGUGCCUAUCAUUGAGAGCAUCAGCACUACAGGAAAACCACAGGCAGUAGUUAAACCGGCCAUUUUGAGAUUUGGUACAACGAGUACAACUAGUCCCGAAGAGUAUCCAUCUGUGCCGUCCGGCGGUACGUUCGGUCAUAGUGGAAAAUCCACAGUGCAAGGAUCUCCAAUACCAGUACCAAAUCCUGUUCAACUGAUACCAAGUCGUUCCAGUGUUCCAAGCACCGCAGAUCCAGCAGUCGUUGUGGUUCAACCGGAACCUGUUCAACCACAGUCUUUCGCGAACCAGUUACAAUCCCACGUCAAUAUGUCGCCCCAACAAUUCACCCAGCCUCCCAACAUAAUCAUCCCCAAUCAAAAUUCUGUGAAUCCUCAAAUACAAUCUCAACUCUCUCCCGCGCCGCAUCAUCCUCCUCCUCCCAGUCCCACGCAAACGGCCAAGUUGACUCAGUUCAAAGUGAAACCGACUUCGGCCCUGAUGCCCGAAGACAAAAAGCCCCAGCAGCAGCUGAUGCCUCAACCGAAUCAACCUCAAAGCAGCGCUAAUCUGCAAAAGCCGCAAAGCUUUAAGAAGAAAAACAGAAAAUCGCCUAGUGAUAGUCCACAUUUGAGUCCUGGAGAUCCUCCUGUUUUUGGUUUGGAGCAGCAAAGUGGUCGAGACGAAGUGCAGAGUCCGGCUUAUUCAGAUAUUUCUGACGAUGGGGCUCCUGUAAACAUGGACCCCGAUGUCGAUAAAAUCAAAAACGCUGAUAAAAAGACUGAAAGUGGACAAACUUUACCUCAUAUGGGCCAGUAUGGCAUUUAUCCGUAUUUUUCACAGUCGCACCAAUACGUGGUGCCUAACCAACCUCAACAGCAACAACUGGAACCCACAAACAAACCAAAAGAACCUGAAAAAGUGGUAGAAAAAAUUCCAAUCGAAAAGGAAGUCAAAAAAGAAACCCCCGAAUAUCCACAAAAAAUGCUUCAGCAACACUAUUAUCCUUACAGCUACAUGCCAGGGUACCCAUACAAUAUGGAACCAAACUACCAAAUAAAUCCCAUGCAACAACAAGACGAUAAACACAAAGAAGACAGGGUAAAAGAAAGUCCAAGUCCUAUAGAGCAGCCUGUAAAACAAUCCACACCGAUUGCCAAUAGUGCUAUUCAAGUUCCUAUGCCAGGCAAACCCAAACAACCUGAAGCAAAUAUUAAAGACAAACACCAAAACGAGAACCAUCAAAUUAUCAAAGAAAGCAUCGAAAUUAAAAACCAAAUGAAUCCCUACAUGUAUUCCAGACAAGCGCCCCCUCAGCAACAACCACCUCAACAACAGAGCGUGUCACAACAUCACAGUCACAGAGACAGAGAAAGAGAGGAGGAGGCCAGACGGUAUUACGUUUACGAGCAACAAAGACGCAAAGAGCACCAACAGCACCAUCAUCAACAACAGCAACAGAAUCAGUCGCAACAGCAAAAUAUUCCCUCCGAGCAUAAAUCUAGCAGUAAAAUUUCUCAAAAUCCUUCAAUGAAAUCGAAAGAAAUCAAGAUCGAAGACAAAAAAGAAAAAGAAGUUAAGCAAGAAGGUGUAAAGCCUACAAUGGAAACUCAAGGGCCUCCUCCACCGCCGACCUCACAAUACGCUUACAUUCAUCCAAGUUACAUGCAAGGAGCCCAUUACGGCAUGGCCUUCGAUCCCAACCAUCCAAUGUACAGAGGCAUCAUGGUACCCGGCCCCUACAGCAGCAGUCCCUAUUUGCACCCCCAAAUCCCCCGGUACCACGCUCCAGAAGACUUAUCGCGAGCUCAACCCCCUUCCAAAGCCUUGGACAUGCUCCAGCACCACGCCCAAUACUAUUCUUCCCAUAAAAUUCACGAGUUGCAAGAGCGCGCUAUCAAAUCUCCCACCCCCAAGACUUCGGUGGCCAGUUCGAGUCCUUCCACGAACAAUCCGCCGCCUAGCGGGCAUCAAUCGCCCGCGCAAAUGAGCGCGCCGCCUACCGCGCAGCAGCCGGCCAGUACGACUCCGACGAACAGUAAGCAACCGCCAAGUGAUAAUAAAGAUUCCAGAUCGCCGCCCCCGCAACGACAUGUACAUACGCACCAUCAUACCCAUGUGGGGCUUGGGUAUCCUAUUUAUGGAGCAGGACCUUAUGGAGCUGCAGUUCUGGCCAGUCAGCAAGCGGCAGCAGUGACAGUAAUAAACCCGUACCCGACCAAAUGAAAUUCGAGUAACGCUGUUCCCGAGGGAUCGAAAACGAGAUGAAAUUUAACCAGUGUAUUGUAGAGUGACUUUUAAAGCAUUCCAAAUUGAUGUGUCUUGUUAAUAUAAUUAUUAUUACCAGAAUAGUAUGCACCCGCUCAUUAUUGCAUCUUUUUCGAUCGUUGAUUUUCUUGAAAUGGAACCAUAUUUGAAUGGUGAAACCAGAAUUUAAUACAAUGAUUGUUAGCAUGAUUAGAGAUGUCGUUACAAUAAUGGUUAUUUGUAAAGAAAAAAUUACAGCUUCUUCGGUUGGGACAAUGACUGUGUAUUGAAGUUUUGAAAUCAUACAGCCAUUUUUGAAGAAAAAAGUUUUUAGACAUAUUCCACACACAACAAUACGUAAACACUUUGAAGUUUUUCCCAAUAAUCGUUAAUGUAUAAUUUGAAAACUUUAUUAUACGAUUAUAAACUUUUCAUUCAAGUAAGCUGUGCACCAUUUGAACUUAAAUCUAUCUGGUUACGUUUCGAGAAAAUAAUUAUUUUGAUAUGAUUUAUUACAUUUGUUGUUUUUUUUUUUAGAAACACAGCUGUUUUGCAAUGCAAAAGUGUAUUGUAACAUUUACUUUUUAUGUAUAUAGUGAAAAGGCAUAAUGUCUUUAUCAAAAAAAAAAGUCAUAUAAUAAGGAUUAGAAGGAUAAAAAAAAACAGUAGUAGACUGAUAAUUUUACCUUUAUAUUAGGGUAUGUGUAUUUUUUAUUGUCAAAUUGUUUGUCUUUUUUUAUAUCUAUAUAUUUUACGCUUGAAGAGUAGGUAAUUGUGUUACAAUGGAAUUUGAAGCUAGAAGCUCUAUUUCAGUGAAAAAUCACAAACCAGUGGGUGAGGUUUGGUCAGAGUUGGAACAAUCCAUCUGAUCCAAUUGAAACCAAAAUUUUCAUUUAUAGAAGAUUGUAAUUGUAUAAAAUUCAAAUUGACUACAUAGUUGAAUUUUGCCUCAUUUCAGUUUUAUUGAAACAAGGGCCUUUGUUUUUUUUUUUUUGUAAUAAUUUUCAUUAUAAAAAAUUGCAGUCUGUACAACUUGUAAUUAUUCUGUAAAUACGUUUUGAAAUAUCAACAUGACAAAAAAAAAAACGCAAUUAUUGUGUAACGUUCUAAACAUUAAUUUAAUAAAUGUGUAUAUUAAUUUAGGGCUUUUUUUAUUGUUACAAUUAAAUGUUUUAUUAUUUAAUAAUUCGUAAGACUAUUUUUAGUUGUAGUGUAUAUUGUGAUAAUUAAUACAAAUAUUUAAAAUUAGUUCGGUAUUAAUUAAUAUGGCGGAAUUCUUAGGAUGGCAGCAGAAAAUUACCUUCUUGUACAGACUACGAGAGGCUUCGAUGUAAAGUUGCUUAAUAAAAAUCAUUGAUAGACUUGGAGGGUUUCAUUUUCAUCCUUGAGUAUUCAGAUUUCAGGAAUGCACAAUAACUGCUCAUUUGUUUAUUCCUUGCAAUAAGACGAUAUACGUUAGGGCGGUCGAACCAAACUGAAAAAAAAAAAUCUUUGACAAUGAUUGUAAUCAACAACAAAUAAAAAUAAGUUCUAUAAAAACAAGACAACAGAAUAACCACAGCAUUUCACUCAUUAAUAAACUGUUUCAUGUAAAAUAAUGACUGAAUUGAUAGAGUAGAUUUCACUCAUUACUUUGAUUAACUAAUAAUUAAACUGUAAAAUUCACUCAUUUUCAGAUCAGAAUCAUACUUGAACGACUAUUUAUAAUUUAGGUUCAAAAGUGUGUAAAACUUUGAAGGACGAGCGAAGCGAAUUCCGCAGCAUUUCAC